AUGCUGGACGAGCCUCACACCUGUCCUGUGACUCAGUACAGCGUGUCCUCAGCGGUCCGUCGGUGCCUCGGUGUGUCGGAGCUCCUGGAGUCCCUGCAGACUGACUGCUGGUCUUCAGCCCCUCUGAGCUCUCUGCUGCCCCCUGAUGGCUCCAACCUGACCUCCUCCCAGAUCAACGGGUUCCUGUCCUGGUCUUGCAGGACUCUGUCCUCCGAGCCUCGGGGUGGAGACGCUGUCAGGCAGCGCCCCCUGCUGCUGGUCGGCGUGCUGGAGCUGCCAUCACAGACGUCUGAGUUCAAACACUCGAUACAGCUCAGAGACGCCACGGGAGCUGCAGCCUGCGUGCUGACGGAGAGCAGCGAGGAGGAGGAGGGAGCGCAGAGGGCGGUCUUUAACAGCGCCUGGAUCGGUUGUCUGGUGGGUGUGGUGCAGUUCACCAUGGUGACAGAGAGAUUCCUCCAAUCAGAUUUCCCUUCCUACCAACACCUGGACCAGGACAGGUUUAUCACACACAAACACUGCAGGGUUUACCUGCAGUUCUCUCUGGACCACCUGCACAUCCUGAGUCCAUCUGUUGCCAUGGAGACACACCUGAGACACAAGGGGGAGGAGCCAGGAGGGGAUGUCACUGCCAGGAAGCAGACAGUAGAAGAAGAAGAAGAGACUGCUGGGAGUAAGAGGAAGAGAAGAGAAGAAGAAGAAGCAGACUCCGGCAACCCCUGGCCCUGUGUCUCCAUGGUGAUCAGGGUGGAGCAGAAGGAGGGUGUGUCCUGGAGGAAUACUGGGGUGGAGGCAGAGGAUCAGGAGGCAGGGCUGAGACUGUGCUUCUCAGCGAAAGCUGCUGUGAUUGGUCCAGUGGUCAGCUGGAGGCGGGACCCAAAGAAUGAACCAAUGACAGAGAAAGAAAGUGAACAAAAGCAGGAGAAAAAGGUGGUGCUGGUGUUCUCAGGUGUGUGUACGCGGUGGUUUCCUGUCCUCCAGCCUGGAUGUUUCUACAGACUCAUCGCCGCUAACACCCAGGUAUCAACCCAGCUUUGA